ACCUCAUCGACAUCAAUUCCGAAGCUCCUCUUUAAUAUUGAAAUAAAGAAUUACAUCUCCCCUCACCCGAAGCCGCCUUCUCUCGUUAUAUCCUCACAAUGGCCUCCCGUUUGGCUACCCGUGCCGUCGGGGCCGCCCGUCUGCGACCGUCGAUUGUUUCGCGAGCUCUUCCCGCAGUCACAAUUUCCUCAACUACUACCCGACCUGCUUCCAACGUCCCCGAGCCUAAGGUGAAGGCGCAAUCAAUCAUCGAUGCUCUACCCGGCAACUCGCUCGUCUCCAAGACCGCCAUCUUGUCCUCCGCUGCCGGUCUCUCUAUCUACGCCAUCAGCAACGAGUACUAUGUCGUGAACGAGGAAUCCGUGGUCGCCUUCUGUCUGCUCAGCGUCUGGGCCGCUCUCAUCAAGUACGGUGGUCCCAUGUACAAGGAGUGGGCGGAGGCUCAGAACGCGAAGAUAAAGAACAUCCUGAACUCCGCGCGUGCCGACCACACCCGAGCCGUUAAGAACCGCAUCGAGAACGUCCAGCAGAUGGGUGGCGUCGUCGACAUCACCAAGUCUCUCUUCGAGGUUUCCAAGGAGACCGCCAAGCUCGAGGCUCAGGCCUACGAGCUCGAGCAGACCACCGCUCUGGCGCACGAGGCUAAGGCCGUUUUGGAUUCGUGGGUGAGGUACGAGGGCCAGGUCAAGCAGCGCCAGCAAAGGGAAUUGGCCGAGAGCAUCAUUGCCAAGGUCAAGAAGGAGCUCGAGAGCCCCAAGUCUCUUGCGCAGAUUCUGCAACAGAGCGUCGCUGACGUAGAGAGAAUUGUGUCUACCAAGACUCAAUAGACAAGACGGUUUAGACAGAUACUCCAUGGCGCAUGAGAAAUAUUUCCUUUGGGCCCUCUACCCGUGUUUAUAAACACCCUGUGCAUUAGUCAAAAGAAACCUAUUUCCAAAAUACCAGCCUUGCAAUCCAUUGUGAUUUCAGACUUUACUGCUUUGAGAGCAACUCUUGCUAUUUUAUGAACUUGCAUGGCGGCAUGGUGAUGGACAUAGGGGGUGGAUAGGAGAAAUUAAUACAACCAAGGUGUAACAACA